CUCGGCCUUAACCUGCAUGAUGAUGAUGAUAAUGAAGUUUGCUGUGAGAGUGCUGGGCCUUGCCGGUGCGCUUCUCCCGGGCGCUGCGGUCUGCGCGCCGCCCACGCCGCGGUCGCAAGCCCUAAUCGACAAAUUCUCCUCGCUGGUCGUCUUCGGGGAUAGCUACACAGACGACGGCGUUUACUCAUACAUCCCCCCCGUCGCAAACCAGACAACAGACGCCUGGGACGGCGGCCGCGCCUGGCCAAGCUACAUCCAACAAUACGCCCACAUCAACCUAUACGACUACGCCGUCGCGGGGGCGGUAUGCGACUCCAUCAUCAGCAACGACGUGCGCAACGGCGUCAAACAAGACCAACUCCCGUCCUUCCUCACCGACAACAGCUACACCGGCAACACGACGGGCCAGCCGGCGCUCCUCAACCCCUCCUCCGAGACCAUCUACGCGAUCUGGAUCGGCACCAACGACCUCGGGCCCAGCGGCUUCCUCACCGAAGUCGAGCCGGCCGGCAUGCCAAUGACCUAUUUCACCGACUGCGUGUACGCCCAGCUGGACCGACUGUACGCCAUCGGCGCCCGCACCUUCGUGCUCAUGAACAUCGCCCCCCUGAACCUGGCGCCCGAGUACGCCCUCCCCCGGAAUGGCGGCUGGGCGGAGGGCGAGUACUGGACCACCAAGUCGCAGUAUGAUCCCAACAUCACGCAGUCGAGCGAGAAGAUGCGUCAGUAUGUCACCAUGGUGAAUGCGGUGUUUGAGUAUCAGACGCCUGUUGGGUUGAGGGUGCAGGGGAGGUAUCCGGGGAGUGGGUUUGCGGUCUUUGAUGUCCAUGCGUUGAUGACCGAUAUUUGGAACAAUCCGGCGGAUUAUCUCAAUGGGACGGUUCCGUAUAACGUCACAAGUUCGAUUUACCGGUGUGGGAGCCCGUGUGCGGCGGGGGAUGUGCAGGAUAGUUAUAUGUGGUGGAAUGAUCUGCAUCCGUCGCAGCAGGUGGAUCGGGUGAUUGCGCGCGAGUUUGUGGAUCUGGUGAAGGGGGGGAGUAAGUGGGCGACUUAUUGGAGAAGUUAG